UUAAACGCUUUUUCUCACGAAAAAUAAGUACAUUUUCAUGAUGAAGUGGCGAUUUGAUAAGUUAUAAAAUUAUGAGUACAAAUUGCUCAAUUAUUGGUAAAGUAGUAAUGGGAUGUAAAUGGUUAUGGUCGAAUAUUCAGCUAGGUCGCAUUCUGAAAGCAUGAACUAUGUGCACUAUAUCUGGAUCCUUCUAUCCAUUCUUGUGUCUGUCACAUGUUCGUUUUGUUUCCUUCAACCAGAGUGGAUAAUACAUCCAAAUGUUCGGAACGCGUUUGGAAUAUAUGCUUUCUGUGUCGGUAACGCAGGAUCUGCCCAAUUCUCACGAACGUGUGGAUUUUAUGGUGGACGCUUUGGAUUCGGAAACAUUCCAUGUACAAUUUGGCAAGCAGCGUGUUUGCUGUACGGAGGUGGAUCAUUGUUCACAUGUUUUGGAGCAUUAUGUUCCCUCACAACAAUGUGUGUACGGAAAGGCUGGAAUAAAACAUUGGUACUUUCCACAAGAUAUCUACAAAUAUCUUCAGUGUUCUUGAUGACCUCUGGCCUUCUUGUUUUUCCACUUGGAUUUGACUCCAACUACUUCCGGUUGUACUGCGGCGCAGGCGCUGAUGUUUUCAACUCGGGAAUAUGUCACGUUGGAUGGACAUACGUUCUAGCUAUAGUGGGAGCGGCAAUUUCUAUCUUUUGCCCGAUUCUGUCGUAUUUUAGUGCUGAAGAAACAUCUCAAAACGAAGAGUUUGACUUUAAGAUAUAGUGACUUGAAAUAAAAUAUGCAUUGUAAGUUGUGGCUACUCAAACCUUUGUAAUUGCCACACUUCAGUAAAACAAUUCUGAUAUCAAUCGUAUAAGAUAAACAAUGGUUCGUUUUUUUCCGAAAUACGUGUUAGCAAUAAGGAUAUUUGUGAACAAGAAGUAAUGGAUGGAUCCAAUAUGUUAACUAACUAUCCGAUUUAAGCGGUUUUACGCUAUGUUGCUUAGAAUAAAAACGCUUCAAUAUGAUUCCAUUGCUGAUUUUUGGGUAGACUUAAAUCAGUCUUAUAUUAAUUUGUCAUGUACAUUAUUUUCCAUUUACCUUAAGUAUCAUUACCUAAUGUUUCUGGAUUCAUGCAUUGCAAUUUUGCAUUUAUUACGACUGAAUGAAUUAAAUACAAAUGAUUUAUUAAUGACGUGCAUUGCCUGACUUGGGACUUUUAUUCGAAUCCAGAUGGAACUAACGUAUUGCAUACGUGAUUGCUUAACUUAUUGCUUACAUGUUGACAGAUAUGCACUUGUUUUGUACACAAAAUAGAUUUAAAUGCAAAUAUCAAAAUGCUAUAGAAAUAAAGUGUUUCUCAAGAUUGUCAAUUCUAUUCCAGAUAUUUAUAUAACUUGUUUUUGUUUUGAAAUUUUAUGCUCUAUUGAAUCAUUCGUUUUAUUUGCUGAAGGUUAUGAUCUGAAAUAAAAGUGAUGCAAUCGA